AUGGGUUUCUUCAUUGGGAAUCUUUAUCGACAAAUUGUAAAAUUACAUCAGCAACAGUAUCAUAACUGUAAUGAUGUACCGUUUCUAGUUUAUUGCGGACAAGGCUUAUCAAUAGUUGAUUUCGACAAACUUCGCCGAAACAAGGGAGGUUUGAUAACAUUCAACAACUUUCUGUCUACGAGUAAACAGCGAGACAUUGCCUUUCUCUUCGCCGAAUCUUCCUCAAUAAUGCAUGGCAUAAUAGGCAUCAUUUUCGAGAUUUGCAUUAAUCCUAAUAUGCAAGCGGCUGCAUUUGCCAACAUCGCAGAAAUUAGCAAUUUUGGAAAUGGAGAAGAAAUCCUUUUUUCUAUGAACACUGCUUUUCGAGUUGGUUGCAUCAAUCAAGCAGAAAACCGCGAAAAAAUAUGGGAAGUAAGGCUUAUUCUGACCGAUGAUAAUGAUCCACAACUGAUCAAUCUUACAAAGAAAAUGCGAGAGGAAACUGGAGGUCCAAAUGGAUGGUUUAGAAUGGCCUAA